AUGGCGAUGGCAUCCAGAGUGGAAGAGAAGGCGACGAAGAAGACCAUUGCUAGCCACGUGACGAAUUGCCUGGGAAUUUGUCCCCAAUGCACCAGAGAGAUGUCGAGAAGACUGACGAUCUCUGUGAUGCUUAUGGAGGUUCCUGCCGAAUUGACCCAGCCGCUAUCACGUGCUUCGUCGAGCGAAAUGCCACCAGCAAUUAGCACCAAGAAGAAAAGCAUAGGCAUGAUCACGAUAGCUGUUGCCAGUGCGAAUGGACUUUUGACAUACUUUGAAACGAUGAGGAGCAUGACACCACCAAUGAAUCCUGGAAGACAGAGUACUGCAUUGUGCGAAUCUUUGAGUGCAUUCAACAUCGACGUAAAAUCGUUGAUCACGAGCCCCGUGCUGAGUGCAAACCCUCCAAAGAGACAAAAGAUGCCCAUAAAUGCAAGAUAG